GGCCACACGCAGCGGGCACUUCGGCGAGGGGGCCGGCGCCGCCUGGGGGAGCCACGUGAGCUGCGAGGGCACCGAGCCCUACCUCUGGGUCUGCCCCUUCGAGCUGGCCAAGCCGCACUCCUGCCUGAUGACCAACGACGCCGGUGUCAUCUGCUCGGAGAAACCCAUCAAGCCUCAUAUCGAGGCCCUGAGGCCUACGGGGACGUUCGCGCGAGGUGAGACGGUGGCGAUCAGGUGCUCCAGCCCAUCCUUCUACACCGGAGCUGAGUUCUACCUUCACCGGGCGGGGGAGACGGGCCCGGCGGCGAGGCUCCGGGCCCAGGGGACGUCGAGCGCGGUGACGUUCGCUCUCCCGAAGAUCCACGCCGGGCACCAGGGCGACUACGAAUGCGCCUACCAGAUGGAGAGAGAUCGCCUGAACUACACGUCCCACCGCAGCGACAGAGUCACGAUAACCGUCAUAGACAGACCGCCGAAACCAGACUUGGAGCUGCUGAGAGCUGGCGGGGAGUUUUCCAUCGGGGAGACGGCUAGGGUGAGGUGCACAGCUCCUGAUGCCUACUCGGGCCUGGUCCUGGUGCUGUCCAAGGUGCAGGGAAGCGGCUACAUCAAGGCAGCGGUAGCAACGGCUGCGGGCUUCUCCAAGGUCCUGUCCCUCCGGGAUAUCAGCGGCAAGGACCAGGGGGACUACGUGUGCAUGUACCAAAUAAAGAGGUCGGGCAUCUGGCUGAACUCAACGCAGAGCCAGGCCGUGAGGCUGAGGGUCACAGAGACGUUGCAGAAGCCCAGCAUCACGCAGCUUCGAGAGUCGGGGCAGUACCUGGAGGGCCAAUCGGCCGUGAUAGGCUGCACGGCUCCCAGCGUCUACAGCGGGAUCACUUUCUCCCUCCGCAAGCUGGGCAGCCAGGACGUCGUCGUCUCCCUGGGGCCCACGUCCAACUCCUCUGGCCUCCUGACCAUCCCCAGGCUCGGCGCCCAGGACCAGGGUUCCUACAUCUGCAGCUACUGGGCCCUGGUCUCGGGGAGGUCCUACUCGUCCGAGAACAGCGACCCCGUUAACAUCACGCUGGCACGAUGGCCAGAGGGGGCCAAGCUAACGGUGACCACCUUGUUCGGGCUCUACGUUCAGGGAAAAGGGAUCCGCGUCACGUGCCUGGUGCCCGUCUACUACACGGUUCGGGAUUUCUUCCUGAAGAAGGACGGCCGGGAGACCGGGGCGGCCUGGUCUCCGACCCCGUGGGCGCCCCAAGGGGCGGAAUUCCGCAUCGUCAACGCCUCCAUCUCGGACAGCGGCAACUAUUCCUGCGUGUACGAGGCCGAGGUGGACGGCAAGUUCCUCAACUCCAGCGAGAGCAACCUGGUGCGGAUCGAAGUCGCGGACAGGGUCGAAAUACGACUGGUCAACGGGAGCAGCCCAUGCUCUGGUCGGGUGGAGAUCCUCAACAACAAGACCUGGGGCACCGUGUGCGAUGACCAGUGGCAGGUGCCCGACGCCCAGGUGGUUUGCCGAGAGCUGCGCUGCGGCACCGCCCUCUUCGCCAUGACCCACGCCUACUUCGGCAAAGGGAGCGGGCCCAUCGCCCUGGACGACCUGGACUGCCGCGGCACCGAGGUCUUCCUCUGGCAGUGCCCGUCCCGCCACUGGGGGCAGCACAACUGCCACCACGAGGAGGACGCGGGCGUCAUCUGCUCCGGUAAUCGUCUCGGGCGCGGGGUCUCACUGAAGGAUGACGGUUUUUUUUUAAAUUGGUCGCACCCCGUCCUUAAUUGCCGCCCCUACAACCUUGAGAAGUUGGCGCGGGGGAGCAGAGCUGCCAUCUUGAAGCGCUGCACUCCCGCGGCGCUGUGGGUCCGCCCACGGGACGGGAAUCCCAGGAUUUUGAUCCCAGCGUUACCGAAGGAGGGGCCAAACUAUUCCUUCCCGCACAAUUCCUUUAGGGCAGGAAUUCCGGGAUUUUGA